AAUCAUCAAAUGACGGAGCAUAGACGAAUCCACACUGGUGAGAAGCCCUUUUCUUGUAAGGAUUGUGGUAAAUUGUUUGUGAGAAGUUGGGACCUUAUAGUUCAUACCAGAACCCACACAGGUCAGAGGCCACAUUCCUGUAAGUUCUGCGGUAAACGCUUUGCUAGACAGAGCAAUUUAAUUUACCACAUUAGAAUCCACACUGGUGAGAAGCCCCAUAUGUGCAAAAUAUGUGGUAAAAGUUUUACACAGCAUAAUCAGUUAGUGACCCACGUAAGAUUUCACACUGGUGAGAAGCCCUACACAUGCAAAACCUGUGAUAAAAGUUUUACUUUAAAAAGUCAGUUAACGAUUCAUACAAGGACCCACACUGGUGAGAAGCCCUAUAUGUGUGAAACAUGUGGAAAAAGCUUCUCCGGCAAUUCUCUUUUAAAAGCUCACACAAGGACUCACACUGGUGAGAAGCCCUACAUUUGCAAAACAUGUGGUAAAUGUUUUGCUCAACGUGGUCAAAUAGUGAUCCACAUGAGAAGUCACACCGGUGAGAAACCCUUUUCCUGUGAAACUUGUGGCAAAUGCUUCUCUCAAAAUUAUGUUUUACAAGCUCAUGUGAGGACUCACACUGGUGAGAAGCCUUACACAUGCAAAAUAUGUGGUAAACGUUUCACUCAACGUGGUCAAAUAGUGGCCCACAUGAGAAGUCACACCGGUGAAAAGCCCUUUUCCUGUAAAACAUGUGGCAAAUGCUUUGCCCUGAAGAAUGGUCUGAAUAUCCACAUGAAAACACACACAGGUGAGAAGGCCUUUCCCUGUACGACGUGUGGCAAAUACUUCUCUUAUAAUUAUAUUUUAAUAGCCCACAUGAGAGUUCACACCGGUGAGAAGCCUUUUUCUUGUAAAACCUGUGGCAAAUGCUUCUCUCGAAAUUCUUUUUUACAAGCCCAUGUGAGGACUCACACCGGUGAGAAGCCACAUAUGUGCAAAACAUGUGGUAAGCAUUUCACUCGACGUAAUGACUUAGUGGGCCACAUGAGACUUCACACUGGUGAGAAGCCCUUUUCCUGUAAAUCCUGUGGCAAACGCUUCUCUUUGAAUUCUACUUUAAAAACACACAUGAGAACUCACACUGGUGAGAAGCCCUUUUCCUGUGAGAUAUGUGGAAAAUGCUACUCUCAGAAGAGCAGUCUGAUCAACCACACUAGAACUCACACUGGUGAGAAGCCCUUUACCUGUGAGAUAUGUGGCAAGAGCUACUCUCAAAAGAGCAAUCUGACCAACCACAUGAGAACACACAUUAGUGGGAAGCCCUUUUCCUGUGAGAUAUGUGGUAAAAGUUUCAGCCAAAAAAGGACUUUGACUGAUCACAUGGAAACUCACACGGGUGAGAAGCCCUGUACUUCCUCUAAACCUCUGCUAGAGCAGCUGGUUCUGAAGCAGGAGGCCAAUACCUUCAUGAUGACUUCUACUCAUGAGGAACGGGACCAUAUUAAACCAGAACCAAACUGGGAUGAAAUCCUUCCUGAGAUCCGAGACCAGUUAGGUUCAGGACCAUUUAGAGACCGAGAACUAAGCCCAAAGUGUAGCCCUGACAGAAACCAAAGUGUUUUAGAGACACGGUGUGAGGCCCAGAAGGACAGAAAACCUGCUCAAUGUGAUAUUUGUAGGAAAGGCUUCAGGAGUAAAUAUAGGAUGGAGAUACAUCGAAGAGUCCACACUGGUGAGAGGCCCUAUGCCUGCACAACCUGUCAGAAAACAUACAAAAGUAGAGACUACUUGUUGAGCCACAUGAAAACUCACACUGGUGAGAAGCCCUACACAUGCAAAAGAUGUGGUAAAUGUUUCUCCCAAUCUGGUCAUUUAACAUCUCACCUCAGGACUCACACUGGUGAGAAACCCUUCUCCUGUAAAACCUGCGGCAAAUGUUUCUCUGAAAAUUAUGUUUUGGUAGGACACAUGAGAACUCACACUGGUGAGAAGCCCUUUUCUUGUGAAGUAUGUGGCAAGUGCUACCCUCAAAAGAGGAGUCUGACAAAUCACAUGAAAACUCACACUGGUGAAAAGCCCUACACAUGUACGACAUGUGGUAAAAGUUUUGCUCAAUGUGCUAAAAUGGUGAACCACAUGAGAACUCACACUGGUGAGAAGCCCUACACGUGCAAAACAUGUGGUAAAAGUUUCCUUCAGUCUGGUCAUUUAACGACUCACCUGAAGACUCACACUGGUGAGAAGUCCUUCUUCUGUGAAACCUGCAGCAAAAGUUUCUCUGAGAAUUAUCUUUUGGUCGGACACAUGAGAACUCACACCGGUGAGAAGCCCUUUUUCUGUAAAAUAUGUGGCAAAUGCUACUCUCAAAGUGGCAGUCUGACAAAACACAUGAGAACUCACACUGGUGAGAAGCCCUACACAUGCAAAACAUGUGGUAAAAGUUUCUUCCAGUCAGGUCAUUUAACAUCUCACAUAAGGAUUCACACCGGUGAGAAGCCCUUCUCUUGUAAAACUUGUGGCAAAUGUUUCCCUGAGAAUUAUCUUUUGGUCGGACACAUGAGAACUCACACUGGUGAGAAGCCCUUUUCCUGCAAAGUGUGUGGAAAAAGUUUUGCUCAGAACAGCUAUCUGACCGUCCACAUGAAAAGACAUUUAGGUGAGAAGCCCUUUUCCUGUAAAACAUGUGGUAAAAGUUUUACUCAAAGCUACAAUUUAACUCUUCACAUGAGGACUCACACGGGUGAGAAGCCCUACUCCUGUGAAGUGUGUGGUCGCUGUUUCUCUCAGAGUGGCACCUUGAAGGACCACCUGAGGACUCACACAGGUGAGAAGCCCUAUCCGUGUAAAGUCUGCGGCAAAAGUUUCUCUCAGAACCGCGGCCUGUCUUAUCAUAUGCUUUCUCACAGCGGUGAGAAGCCCUUCUUGUGUCAGACCUGCGGGAACAGUUUCAUUCAAAAGUCUCACCUGAUCAGACACAUGAGGACUCACACAGGUGAGAAGCCCUUCUCCUGUCAGGUCUGUGGCAAAAGGUUUUCUUCUAAAAGUCUUCUGAUUUCCCACAUGAAGAGUCACGCAGGUGAGAAGCCCUUUUCCUGCCAGACGUGUGGAAAGAGCUUCAGUCAGAAAUGUACCUUAAUCAGCCACAUGAGGACUCACACAGGUGAGAGACCCUACUCCUGUGACGUCUGUGGUAAAGGCUUCUGCAAUCGCAACGGUUUAACUUACCAUAAGAUCUCUCACCACGGUGAGAAGCCCUUCUCGUGUCAGAUAUGUGGAAACAGAUUCAGUCAGAAAUCUCACUUAAUCCGACACAUGAGGACUCACACCACUGAGGAGAGGUAACCCUGUGGGUCCUGUGACUCCCUCAGAGGUCAGAUGUCGUUAAAACGCCGAGGUGAG